GUUGCGGUUUCUCUUGUGCCAGGGCGCUGUAGGGAAUUGGGGCCUGGUCAGUGCUUUGUCUGCGGAUGCAAUGGCGCUUCUCCGGGGCGUAUGGGGCGUGCUGAAUGCACUGGGAAAGUCAGGAGCGGAUCUCUGCGCGGGCUGUGGCAGUUGACUGCGCUCUCCCUUUAGUUUUGCGUAUGUUCCAAAAUGGUUUUCAUCCAGCUUGAGUGGUUAUCCAAAGAAGCCUAUGACUUCAUACGUUCGAUUUUCUAAAGAACAGCUUCCCCUAUUUAAAGCUCAGAACCCAGAUGCAAAAAAUUCAGAACUAAUUAAAAAAAUUGCCAAGCUAUGGAGGGAACUUCCUGAUUCAGAGAAAAAGAUAUAUGAAGAUGCUUACAAGGCAGACUGGCAGGUAUACAAGGAAGAGAUAAACAGAAUUCAAGAACAACUAACUCCAAGUCAAAUGGUAUCUUUGGAAAAAGAAAUCAUGCAGAAACGUUUAAAAAAGAAAGCAUUAAUAAAAAAGAGAGAGUUAACAAUGCUUGGAAAACCGAAAAGACCUCGCUCAGCUUAUAACAUUUUUAUAGCUGAACGUUUUCAGGAAGCUAGGGAUGGCACAUCACAGGUAAAGCUAAAAGCUAUAAAUGAAAACUGGAAAAAUCUCUCUAAUUCUCAAAAGCAAGUAUAUAUUCAGCUUGCUAAAGAUGAUAAAAUUCGUUAUUAUAACGAAAUGAAAUCUUGGGAGGAACAAAUGAUGGAAGUUGGACGAGAAGAUCUUAUAUGUCGCUCAAUUAAAUACCCAGCAAAAAAUGACCCUGAGAAGUUUUAAAAUAGAAGAUUGAGUUAUGUUCAUAAUGGAUAGACAUAAGAAACCAACUAGGUCUCAAUACCGGAAGCUGUUGUAAAAUUAGAAUGGAUAAAGUUGGUGAACAUUUAUAUUUAAUUCCUUUUCUGUAGCCCAUGGACUUCUGCCAGCCAAUUCAAUACAUUUUGUAUUGGUGUCUUGCUUUUGAAAACCCAAACAGAUAAGAGUGCAUGUGGAAUUUAUUUUGUGUUUAGGAACUACUGAGCAUCAAAAUAAUCCAUGCAAUGUAGCAGUGAAUCAUUUUACCUUUGAUAAAGGUAAAUCAGACUGUGAAGUUUUUUUAUACUUGGUGAUUAUGGAAAAAAUAUUCUUGUUUCCUUAUAUUAUGGAAGUAGGAGUUUCCUAUUCAUAAGUAUCUCAAAGUUUGUAGAAGCCAUAGUGUUCUAUGAUAUAACUGCAUUUUUAAAAGAUCAUCCAGAACUCAUGCUGGUAAAUUGCAAAUCCUGGGUAUAAUUCAUAUUAUAAUCAGAGUUGAUGGUUGUACAUUUGAGGUAUUUCUGGUGUCAGUUGCAGCUUUUAUAAAAGGGAUAGAUUUAUAAACCUUUUCCUCAUUAUCUUUUUCCUAAAUUAAAAACUAAAAAAUUAUGUACCAAAUCUAUGCAUAUUGUUUUAUAUUGCAUAGAAUAAAAAUUAUGUGUUUCCUAAUUAUGUUUUAAGGUGAAACAUUCAUUUUAUAGCUUUCUGGGAUUUUUGUUUGUUUUUUUAAACAAAGUAGGAGUUUGUAUACUGAAUUAUUUUUUAUCUUAUGUAAAUAUAUUUAUCCAGAAAGUAGAGAACUUACUUGGUGUAAGUUUUAAAAUGAGAGAUCUAAAAAAAUCAUGUCUCCAAAGUCUCUCAAAUUGGAACCUAUAAUUUUUAAACAUUUGCAUAACAUAUAAAAGCCUGUAUAAUAAUUAAUAGCCAGUUCUAGCCUAAUGCGCACAUCCAGCCCACUGCCUGCUUUUCAUGGCCUUGUCAACUAAGAAUUGUUCACAGUUUUAAAUAGUUAAAAAAACUAAGCAUACUUCAAGACACAUGAAAAUUAAUAUGAAAUUCAGUGUCCAUAAAAAAAUGUUUUAUUGGAACACAGCCACACUCAUUGUUCAUGGCUGUUUUUGUACAAUAGUGCAGUUGACUUAGUUGCUAAGGAGAGGUGCAGCCUGCAAAGACUGACCCAUAUAGUGUGGAAUGAGAUGCUCUUAAGCUACUUGCUGUGGCUCAGUAAAAUACAUCUUAACAGUUUUCCAGUUAGCAUUUAAACCUUACACCUUCUAGCAUUUGAUUAUCUUCUUAACAAGAGUCAAAGGUUUUCAAAAUCCACACCAGCUUUUUGAGCAAAAUAUUCAACUGUCAUCGUCAGUUCACAUGAAUUUAUAACUCAAAAUUUAUAUAUUUACUUUGUAUUUUGCAAAAUAUGCAAAAAAAAAAAAAAAAGUGUGUAUUCUAGAU